AUGGUUAGCCAAUCAAUAGGAGACACAAAUGGCGGAUUACUCCCACCAAUCAGAAUAUUCAAGCGUAAAAAUUUGGUGCUGCGGUCGUUAAACGAACAGAUCAUGAAGAGAUUCGCCAUCGCUAUUUGUCGCUAUGCAGUAUCGAGCAUUGAUGAAAAAGUAGAAACUGAAGGUAGCAGUCUGCACGUUACAUGCUUCAACCUUGACGAUCUGUAUCUGAAUCUCCUUCGUCAAUUUACUCUGUGUGUUUCUUCUUAA